AUGUUACUCCUGAAGAAGCGCCUAUGUUCCCAGUUUCUCUACUUUGUAACUACUUUUGCUUUAUGGAGCGCAGCCAUAAAAGCUCAAGAGGAUGACAGCGGCAGUGAUAACAUUGAUGAUACCGUGGAUAAUGAUGCGGAUACUGAUGACAGCGAAGGUAGCAUUAUGAGCGAUGGCAGCGGCGAAAAUGACGAUAGUAGUGGCACAGCUGUUGAUACCAGCAAUAUAAAUGAAGGAGACAAUGAUAGCAAUACUCCAUCUACUUCUAAUGAUGAAGUCUCGAAUCCUGAAACAACUACGGAUGGCCCUUGGUCAGAACCAACAAUAACUGAUGUUGAUAACGGUGCGAAUCCAACAAGUAUAACGUUUGAUCCCAAUGCUACGAGUCCUGUAACCACCAUAACAGAUGUCUACCCUACCGAACCCACAUCUACUGAUAAUACGAGCAGCAGCACCGUGACCGAUAUGCUACCUACGGAAGAACCUACAUUAGCUUCGUCAACAGAUACAUCGAUGUCUAAUUCGAGCAUGACUUCAUCUUCCUCAGUACAAAGCCCCACUACUACAACAUUUAUUGAAUCGUCUGGCUCUAAAACCAAUACAGGUGCUAUAGCAGGCGGUGUUGUAGGAGGCGUUGUUGGUCUCGCCCUUGUAGGUGUUUUAGCCUUUUUCCUCAUUCGUAGAAGGAGACUUAGAUCUGAAGCAGACCGGGAGAUAUUCCAACCUCAAGAUGAUUUCGAUGACGAGGAUGAAGAUGACUAUAUCAAUAGUAGGCCACCUAUGCAGCAAACUGCCGGAAAGGACGGUGAUUAUCCAUUUUAUUCUACUGCCAAUCCACACAGAACGUUAAUAAGAAAGAAGUUAUCGGAAUUGAUGCAACGUUCCACAUGA